AUGCUUCGAUCUCGCAAUCUCCUCGCCCUCUGCGGCAUCAUCCUUUCUCUCUCCAACAAAAUCCUCGCGGGCUUCGACCCCAUCGCCUCAAACAAUAUCGCCGUCUACUGGGGCCAAAACUCCAUCUCCCUCACCUUGGGCGGCCAGCAACGCCUCUCCUACUACUGCGCCAACACCCCCAUCAACAUCAUCCCCCUCGCCUUCCUCUACACGAUCAAGACCCCCUCCACGACAAUCAACUUUGCCAACGCGGGCGACAAUUGCACCCUCUUCUCCGGUAGCCAGCUCCUCUCCUGCCCUCAGCUCGAAGAAGACAUCCAAACCUGCCAGACGGCCCACAACAAAUCUAUACUCUUGUCUAUCGGGGGAGCAACCUACACCGAAGGGGGUUUUUCCUCCCCUGCCGAGGCGGUCCAGAUGGCGGGGGCGGUAUGGGAGAUGUUUGGACCGAAGAAGGAGGGGUCAAAGGUGGAGAGACCGUUUGGGGAUGCGGUGGUGGAUGGGUUUGAUAUUGACUUGGAGGCUGUGGCGGUGAAUAUGGUUGAUUUUGUGGGGGAGUUGAGGAGGUUGAUGGAUGCGGAUGGUGGGAAGAAAAAGUUUUACAUGAGUGGUGCGCCGCAGUGCCCGUUUCCUGAUGCGGCGAUGGGGGGGUUGAUGGAUGGGGUGGGGUUUGAUUUUGUGAUGGUGCAGUUUUAUAAUAAUUGGUGUGGGGUUGAUAGUUGGAAGGCUUCUGGGGGUGGUGAUGGGAAGGGUGAGAGCCAGUUCAACUUUGAGAGGUGGGAUAGAUGGGCUAGGGAGGAGAGUAAGAAUAAGGGGGUGAAGGUUUUGUUGGGUGUGCCGGGGAGUCAGGCGGCGGGGAGGGGGUAUGUGAAUGGGGAGGUGUUGAAGGGGGUGGUGGAGUAUGUGAAGGGGUUUGAGAGUUUUGGGGGGGUGAUGAUGUGGUAG